CGAAUCAUAUCGGCAAGCGCUGAUUCUGCUAAAUGCAGAAUCCGGCGGUCCUCUCAGCAAAACCAAGGGAGCCAUUAGCUAUGGUUCUCUGGAUACUCUCGACUGUUGCCAGGGCCGAUGGUGUUCAGCCUUCAGAUGCGGCGGGCAUGACGGAUGGAGAUGGUGAAACGACCUUGAAGAACGAACCAAGUCUCUGUGACAUCGCGACUUCUGGGGGCGAUUCGGCCUUCAGUAUCGAACAGCUGUUUGAGGAGGUGAGGGUCGAGAACAACGUGAGCGCUAAGCUAGAGCUCUUGGAGGAGAGUCUGAAGGAUGAGAUACCUCCAACAUGCAAAGGCGGCCACCGCCAACUUACAGCUUCAUCUAUUUUUAGAUGUCGUCCUGAUCCAGGAACCGUGGCUGAUGAGUAACGGCAUCUCUGGACUGAGGACGAAGAGUCACAAGCUGUUGGCGAUCAACGAUAUAGAAACGCUGAUAUGGUGACGGCUGAGCUGGAGUGUGACACCGGAGAUCUGUGGAUAAUCCCUGCAUAUAUGCCGCACGACGAUGAGGUGGAACCACCUCCGUUACAGUUGAGGAAAACCUUGGCUGAGGCGUCUCGAAGAGGAACUGUCGUCAUCAUUGGUUCCGACGGCAACUCGUUUCAUCCAGUUUUGUGCAGCUGGAGCACAAAUA